GGGUGCUAGAUUCAGAAAAAUGGGGUUGAGUCAUGACAUAUUUAAAAUAGGACACUGACAUAAUCAAACGAUAACUGCUCCCCGGAAAUAUCCGUCAGUAAGCUUACAUUUUAAGCUGUGCUUUUUUCAUUGAAUGUUGAAGAAUGUAGAAAUGUCAUAGAGGUUACUAAUUAACCUGUGCACAAUCCUUUGAAUUUGAAGAGAAAAAACGCACUUUCAAUUGGAAUGGCAGGAUUGGGUGAUUUACAUGAACCGAUUCCAGUUGAUGUGGUGGAAUAUACCCUGUUUCCUUCCGUUCCAGCGAAUUUGCAACAUGAGCACAUAGACGACUGGCUAAACGACAAAUUAGAAUCGUACUUGACACAGCUUAGUCCAGAUGUCAUCAAAUAUUUAUGGCAGAAAGAAUCGUUUGAACUACGACCUGUACGCCCAAAAGGUUAUAUUCCAGCAUGUUUACAAGGUAAAACAAAUUAUGGAGGUAAUAUAGAUGAUGAAUGGUUUAUUGUAUAUCAACUAUUUCAACUAACUAAAAUGUCUCAUGGAUUAAUAGCAAGUGUUCAAGAUGACGAUGGUGAAUUCCUUUUAGUUCAGGCUGCUGAUUUCUUACCUAAAUGGCUAGAACCCGAUACUGCUGAAAAUAGGAUUUUCAUUUUUAAUGGAGAACUUCACAUAAUACCAAUCACAGAAUACCCAGCACAAAAAAACAGUUCUUCAGAGCAAACUCUAACUUUAACUGAUGCUCUCAGAUGUAUAAGGGACCCCAAGAUACAAACCAAAGCAAGUCCUCAAAUACAAAAUUCAAUAAAGAAGAAGUUAAAUAUGUUUCCUGAAAAAGCAAAUGAGAAUCUUCAUUUUGCAAAUUGUUACAUUCCUACCUCGGUGGCAGCUGUACUAGAACAAAAUCCUACUUUAGUAUCGCCAGCAGUGGAAGCAUUCUAUUAUCGUGAUCCAAUAGAUUUACAGGCAUGCCGUACAAUGAAAAUAUUUCAACAAGAAGAUAUGGUUAUAUACAGGGUGAAAUUUACCAGAUAUAUGUAUGCUCAAUUACUACAACAAGAUUUUCAACCAGAUAGACGAAGUGGUUGGACAUUACCAAGUAAAACUAACCCUCAAUUUAAACAGGAUGAUCUAGGUUUAAAACUAGCUCAUGGAUUCGAAAUUUUGUGUUCAAGGAGUGGAAGUAAAAAUUACAAUAUUAAUGGCCACACAUCGUUCAACGAAUCGGACAGCCGAUGGCAGCGUUAUUUAAAAUCAUUGACAGAGAAGGGCUUCUUUCAGAAUGUAUUAGAAGGAUCAAGGUAUUAUAAAGUUUUAUUAGAAGAAGCCAAAUCAUUUUAUACCGAACAUUUCGCUAAUCACAAAAGUACAAAGAAAGAAGCAGGUGAUACAAUAUUACAGUUAUUAGAAUCUAGUCCAUAUUCAAUGGAAGAUUUCAAGAAAAAAGAACAUUCUCUUCCUCUAGCAGAUGAUGAUAGUUGGUUAGAAAUUAGUCCAGAUGAGUUAGAUCAACUAUUACAUGAUACAGUUGGUAAAAAUACCACAAAUACUUCACAGCAAGAUACAUUUGAUCUAAGUCAAAUAACAGAAAAUAUGAAGUCUUUUGUCAACAAUAUAUCAUCUGUGGAAGGAGCUGAGUUUCCAGAGGAAGGUGAUGAUGAUGAUGAUAAAGAAGUACAGUUUGAUGGAAUGGGUUUUAUUCAUGCCAUGCAGAAAAUGUUUGAUUUUCCUGAAGAUAAAGAUGAUGAUAGCGAUGAUAUGGAUGAGUAUGGAUGGGAAGAAGAUGAUAGUGAAGAUGAAUUUAAUCCAUCAAAAUUUAAGCUAAAUAAACCAAAGACUAAAAUUGACACCAAGAUGAAACAUUACAUGAAUGAAAUGGACAGAGAACUUGCCAAAACAGAGAUGGGAAAGAGUUUUGAGAAGACGCCUAAACCAGCAAAGGUGGCAACAAAACCGCAACCGAAUGCCAAACCCAAACCCAAACCCAAACCUGGAGUUUCUGCUAAACCAAGAAAAACUCAAAAUAUUGAUGACGAAGAUGAUGAUUUCCGACCUGUCAAUAUUGAUUUAACUCUGGUUAAAAAUACCCUAGAAUCUUAUAGUGCUCAGCAAGGUUUACCAGGUCCAGCUACAAAUAUACUUAAUAGUAUGGGUAUAAAUAUCCCCAAAAAUACUGAUGUUUAGACACAGAUCUGUUUAGAUAUCUAUUGUGAAAAUCAUUUGAUGAUUUUGAUUGUAAGAAAUCAAUGACUAAUUGACCAUUUCAUGGUUCCCAACUCUUCUGUAAAAUGAGGUAGAAAUAGCCACCAAGUGUGGACAACUUUCUUAGUAACACAGUUACAUUAUGUCAUAGUUAUUUCAGUACUUUUACAUUAAGUUUACAUUAUGUAUUUUUGAAAAUUUCCUGACAUAUGUCUUCCUUGAUUGUAGAACUAAAGUACUAUGGUUUUUUUGUAUUGAUCUUAAAUGCCAACUUAUGGGUCAAUGGUAGUUAAAUUCCCGAGUCUCAAAAUAAAUCUACAAAAUUAUACGUCAUGACAGUGAGCUCCCUGGCUCCCUUAAAUAUCAUUCAAUAACUAUAAAAUGAUGAUUUAGAGUGUAAUAUAGAAUGGUUGUCUGAUUCUUUGAUCCGAUUUCUGGUGAUUUGGAUCUAAUUAUUAUAGGUUGUGACAUCAAAUAGCAUUUCUAUAAAGAGAAUAAUAAAUCAAAAGUAGAUCUGCCUCUAUUUUGACAUAAUUAUUGUGAAAUAGACAUUUUAUAUAAAAGGUGCUGUUGUGUAAAAUAACACAUCUUAAUUUAGAGUCAAAUCAAAACACACACAUAUAUAUAUAUAUAUACAUAUAUCACAAAGUUUUUCACCUGAAUUAUUAUCCGUAUACAUCAGUUUAGAAUUUUAUAUUUCUUUACAUUGAUCAUGGAGUGUGAGAGCUGGCUGUAAGAAUCUAGUAGAUGUUUAAUGUUAUUGGGCUGUGACACAAAUUAAGGUUUUAUUUGCCAUUACAACAGUAUCUCAUCUGACUGAUGUGGAUAGUAUUAUAUUCUUUGUGAUAUAAAAAACUUAUAAUUUGACUACUUAAUUAACAGUAUUAUUAUUAAGUGUACUCAUCAACAAAAUGGAGUUUGUCUAGUAUUUGAAAAUUUGAAAUGUGAAAACUGAUUCAAUUAGUUAUACUUAACCCUUUGAAUCCAAUAUUAAAUUAGUUUUAGCUAGUGUUUAUUUUCCUGUAUCCUGUUACUUCCUGCUUCUUUUAGAAUCUUGAUGAGCCGAUAAGUAACAUGUUCGAAGGGUUAAUAAAAUCCUCACCAUAUACGUUAUACAGAAUUAUGAAACUUAAAAGUUUUAUGAUGUGGAUGUAGGUUGGAGUGAUGGGUAGGGUAUGGGUUCCCAACACAGAACAUACUGCACCUGUUUUUUUAUAAACAUAGGCUAAGCCUGUUACCUGAUUCCCAUUCACCGUUACGGCAGAUUCUUAAUAAAAAUAUUAAUAAAAAAAAGAUUACAGACUGUUUAUUUAGUAGCCUAAUAAUCAAUUGUAUUUUAGGUUCAAAAUGUCAAUUUUCAUUGUAACCUGGUCAUAGUAUUAGAUUUUUUUUUUAAUUUUCUAUUUCAUCUUUCUUUUUAUAGUGUAUCUUUAAGAAAAUAAGAGAUUUUAUAAACUA